AUGGUCAACCAGCAUAUCCAAAAGCUAAUUGACGCUGAGCAGCAAGCUGAUGCAAUAGUGAAGAAGGCCAAGGAAAAUUGGGUGAAGAAAGUGAAGGAGGCGCAGAGUUCGGCUGCGCAGGAGUGCGAGAAAUUUGGGGAGAGUGAGGAGGAGAAAUUCCGGCGUGAAUACGCCGAAAAGUUCGCUGCGGAAGAUCCAACGAAGAACCUGGAGGAGCAGACCAAGAACGACAUUGAGGAAAUUAAACACCAGUACAAGCGUAACAGGGACUCUGCAGUCUCCCUUCUGCUGUCCGGCGUUGUCCGCGUGGACACCAAUCCUUCCCCGGCCGACAUACGGCGUCUCAAGCUUCACUACCUCAAGACGAGCGCCUGA